CUUCUAUCUUGUCUUUGUCAUUUAUUUGAAGUUGGAAAAAUGGCUGCUGUAAAUCUUGUUCGAAGUGCAAUCAAUGGAUUAUUACGAAAAACCCCGGCUUAUAGAGCACCGGUUGUGUGCCGGCUUUCUACCGUCGCUGUACAGCAAAAGUACCAUGCAAUUAAAACCGGUGUAAAAUUAUACAACAACCAAAUUGUUCAAAAUGAGGUGGCCCUCAGUCAGAGACUGGGCGCGCGUCUGUACAGCCACGGGCCCCCGCUCACCAUCGAGCUCAUCUCGAGCCGGGUGCUCCUAGUUCUCAAGUUAUACGACAAAAUUAUUGCUGAAAAGCUGACCCUUGACUCGCACUUCAUGAACGACCUUGGUCUGGACUCGCUGGACCAUGUGGAGGUGAUCAUGGCUAUGGAGGAUGAAUUCGGCUUUGAGAUCCCCGACGGUGAUGCAGAGAGGCUUGUCCGACCUAGAGACAUUGUCCAGUACAUCGCUGACAAGGAGGAUGUCUUUGAAUAAACAUUAGAUUGCCUAGAUUCUUGUUGUUUUAUAUCAACUGUUUUCACUGCAUCAACAUGUUUAUAUGUAGUUAGCUGCUGAUUCAUUCUCUGUUACUGUCUAACAGUGUAUAUGGAUAAAAAACAAGUGAUAGAGUAUUAUGCUAUCCAUUGUUAACUAUCAAAAUGAUACAGCUAUUUUAAAUAGUGCAUAAUAAAAAUUGUUUCCAUGGCACAUUUUUGAGGUGCAAAUAGUUGGUCUAAAACACUGGGUUCAAAUUAGCGUUUAGUUUCAAUUUAAGAAAGAACAACUGAGAAAUGUACUGAUAUGGAGAACAUCGUGCCCAAUAUAGAGGUGUAUAAAGUGUAAAUUCUGUUUUUAUUGAUUACAUGUCUGUUAGAUUA